GCCCUUCCCAAACCAAGACGUCAGCUCUUCGGACCCUCUGCGACCGUAAAAUUCAACCAUCAAGAUGGACUUCUCGGACAGCUUUCGCAUCGUCAACCUGGUGGUUGCGGUGAUCAUGGUCCUCGGCGGCAUCUCGCAGUUCUUCCCCAUUAGCUUCCAAUCUAUCAUCAUUGGAGUCUACGUGAUCAUCUUUGGUCUUGCCACCGGCCUCCUCGAGUUCCAGAUCCCGCCUCAAGUCUCGCGCUACGCCUCUUUCCUCUUCUCCUUCAUCGGCCGUGGCGCCUUCUACAUCUUUGUCGGCUCGAUCCUGCUGCACGACGGCGUCCUGCGCAUCAUCGCCGGCUCGAUCGUCGGCCUUAUCGGCGUCUGCUAUGUCGUCCUCGAGUUCAUCCCUAGCAUCGAGCCGCCUGCCAACAUGAGGGAGGCCGACGCCGGCUGGGGCGCAGAGCAGGUGUAAAGUGCAGCCAGGUGGAGCUCCCAGGACCCCACACGAGCCUCUUCAUCCUGCUUCGCAACUGCGCACAAAGGCAGUGGGACGCGGUUCCGUGGAGCCCAUUUGUUGAUGAGGUCCCGACCGGAUACCUGGACAAUUAGCUGGGCGGACGGGCAAGUCUUGAAUCAUUUGAGGACGAUGACCUGG